CUUUUCUUUCUGCGAGUUCGCAGAACAGCCAUUCCCCAGGGCACUGCGCGCGGGGAGGGACCCAGCGCGAACUCACACAAUCACACUCCCACACUCACACUCACAAUCUCCCGUCUGAGCUUCACGCGCACCGAGCAGCGGACGGACUACGGAUAGCGAUAUAAAGACCUGCAGACGAACCCCCGACACAACCGUCUGAACAUUAACCUAGUGAGAGGGAGCGGCGCGAGGCUGAACUGACUCCACCCAAAAAUCCAGCCAGCGAACUGAGACCGACCAGAGACCAUAAAAAUGAGCAGCGCGCACCCCCGCCUCCACCAGAGCGCCGCGCCCGCUCCCAACGCUCUCUCCCCGGACAAGGACGCAGACAUGCCCGCAACGGAGAAGGACCUGGCUGAGGACGCGCCGUGGAAGAAGAUCCAGCAGAACACGUUCACCCGCUGGUGUAACGAGCACCUGAAAUGCGUCAACAAGCGGAUCGCGAACCUGCAGACCGACCUAGGAGAUGGGCUCAGGCUCAUCGGCCUCCUAGAAGUCCUGUCGCAGAAGAAGAUGUUUAGAAAGUACAACCAGCGGCCCACCUUCAGACAGAUGCAGCUGGAGAAUGUGUCCGUGGCUCUCGAGUUUCUGGACCGGGAGAACAUCAAGCUGGUGUCCAUAGACUCCAAGGCCAUUGUGGAUGGGAACCUGAAGCUGAUCCUGGGUCUGAUCUGGACCCUGAUCCUGCACUACUCCAUCUCCAUGCCCAUGUGGGACGAGGACGAGGAGACGGAGGAGAGCCGGCAGAAGACCCCCAAGCAGAGGCUCCUGGGCUGGAUCCAGAACAAGGUCCCGGAGAUGCCCAUCACCAACUUCAGCAGGGACUGGCAGAGCGGCCGUGCUCUGGGGGCUCUGGUGGACAGCUGCGCUCCUGGUCUGUGUCCUGACUGGGACCAGUGGGACCAGACCAAGCCAGUGGACAACGCCCGCGAGGCCAUGCAGCAGGCUGAUGACUGGCUGGGGAUCCCUCAGGUGAUCACCCCAGAGGAGAUCGUGGACCCCAACGUGGAUGAGCACUCUGUCAUGACCUACCUGUCUCAGUUCCCCAAGUCCAAGCUGAAGCCAGGAGCUCCGCUCCGCCCCAAACUCAACCCCAAGAAGGCUCGCGCCUACGGACCCGGUGUGGAGCCGAUGGGGAACGUGGUGAUGAAGAAGGCUGUGUUCACUGUGGAAACCAUCAGCGCUGGGAUGGGGGAGGUGCUGGUGUAUGUGGAAGACCCUGCAGGACACAGAGAGGAGGCUAAAGUGACGGCCAACAACGAUAAGAACCGAACCUACUCCGUCUUCUAUGUCCCCAAAGUCACCGGCAUGCACAAGGUGACGGUGCUGUUCGCGGGCCAGAACAUCUCCAAGAGCCCGUUUGAGGUGGAGGUGGGCAUGGCCCAGGGUGAUUCAAGCAAGGCCACCGCCCAGGGCCCUGGCCUGGAGCCUGCUGGGAACAUUGCCAACAAGACCACUUACUUUGAUGUCUACACCGCAGGGGCGGGUGUGGGGGAGGUGGAGGUGGUGGUGGUGGACCCUGCAGGGAGCAGGGAGGCUGUGGCCUGCGUGGUGGAAGACAAGGGCAACAGCAGCUACCGCUGCACCUACAAACCCAGCCAGGAGGGGGCGCACUCCAUCUAUGUCACCUUCGCUGGGGGGCAGAUCAGCAAGAGCCCCUUCACUGUCCAUGUGGGAGAGGCCUGUAACCCCAGCCUGUGCCAGGCCAAGGGGCGUGGCCUGCAGCCAAAAGGCCUGAGGGUGAAGGAGACGGCAGACUUCAGGGUCUACACCCGAGGAGCCGGCACCGGGGAUCUCAAGGUCUCCAUCAAGGGCCCCAAGGGUCUGGAGGAGCCCUGUAAGAGGCAGGACCUAGGUGAUGGGGUGUAUGGGUUCGAUUACUACCCCACCACCCCGGGCACCUACAGCAUCACCAUCACCUGGGGAGGACAGCACAUCCCCCGCAGCCCCCUGGAGGUGAAGGUGGGGGCGGAGUCGGGCUCCCAGAAGGUGCGAGCCUGGGGGCCGGGUCUAGAGGGGGGCGUGGUCGGGAAGUCAGCUGACUUUGUGGUCGAAGCCGUGGGGGACAACGUAGGCACGCUCGGGUUCUCUGUGGAGGGCCCGUCCCAGGCUAAGAUAGAGUGUGAUGAUAAGGGGGACGGGUCAUGUGACGUGCGUUACUGGCCCAUGGAGGCGGGGGAGUAUGCAGUGCACGUGCUCUGCAACGGAGAGGACAUCCAGCACUCCCCCUACAUGGCGGACAUCAGCCCCGCCCCCGGCAAGGACUUCCACCCUGACAAGGUGAAGGCGUUUGGCCCUGGCCUGCAGAGCAGUGGUCUGGCGGUGGGGAAGCCAGCAGAGUUCACCGUGGACGCUAAGCUGGGAGGCAGAGCUCCCCUCAAGAUCACCGCCCAGGAUGCAGAUGGAACCCCUGUGGAGGUGCAGGUGAAAGACAAUGGGAAUGGGACCUACAGCUGCAGCUACACGCCCCGCAAGCCCCUCAAACACACCAUCAUGGUGUCCUGGGGCGGGGUCAACAUCCCAGACAGCCCCUUCAGAAUGGCCAUCGGAGCAGGUUGCCACCCUAACAAGGUGAAGGUGUCUGGACCGGGCGUGGCCAAGACCGGCCUGAAGGCCUUUGAGCCCACACUGUUCACUGUGGACUGUGCUGAGGCCGGACAAGGAGACAUCAGUAUAGGCAUCAAGUGUGCUCCGGGAGUAGUGGGGCCGGCGGAGGCGGACAUCGACUUUGACAUCAUCAGGAACGACAACGACACGUUCACCGUCAAGUACACGCCUCCUGGAGCCGGCAGCUACACCAUCAUGGUGCUGUUCGCUGACCAGACCAUCCCCAUGACUCCCAUCAGGAUCAAGGUGGACCCGUCACAUGACGCCAGCAAGGUGAAGGCUGAGGGCCCUGGACUGAGCCGCACUGGUGUGGAGCUGAACAAGCCCACCAGCUUCACGGUGAACACCAAGGCAGCGGGUCAGGCUCGUCUGGGUGCUGUGUUCACCGGACCCUCCAAAGCCGAUGCCAUCAAAGACCUGGAGAUCAUCAACAACCACGACAACACACACACCGUCAAGUACACGCCCGUGCAACAGGGUCAAAUGGGCGUGGCCGUGACCUACGGAGGAGACCCUAUACCUAAGAGCCCCUUCUCUGUUGCCGUGGCGCCCAGCCUGGACCUCAGCAAGAUCAACGUGACGGGGCUGGGACAGAAGAUGACAGUUGGCAGGGACCAGGAAGUGACUGUGAAGUCGAAGGGGGCAGGAGGACAGGGCAAGGUGGAGGCCAAGGUGAUUGGUCCAUCAGGAAAGCCGGUGUCCAGUAAGGUGGAGUCAGGGCUGAGCCCAGAGACCAAUCAGUUGAAGUUCAUCCCUCGGGAGGCGGGGCCCUACCAGGUGGAGUUGACCUAUGACGGAGCUCCGAUCCCAGGAUCCCCCUUCAGCUCCACGGCUUACCCCCCCACAGACUCCUCCAAGGUACACACACACACACAGCCCUCCCAGGUACACACACACACACACACACACACAGCCCUCCAAGGUACACACACACACACACACAGCCCUCCCAGGUACACCCACACACACAGCCCUCCAAGGUACACACACACACACACAGCCCUCCCAGGUACACCCACACACACAGCCCUCCAAGGUACACACACACACACACAGCCCUCCCAGGUACACCCACACACACAGCCCUCCAAGGUACACACACCCAAGGUAACCCUGCCCCCCCAGGUGCGCUGCUCAGGCCCUGGUCUGGAGCGUGCCAAGGUGGGGGAGACGGGGGAGUUCGUGGUGGACUGUACCAAUGCCGGCCCGGCCGAGCUCACCAUCGAGAUCAUCUCCGACGGCGGCACGGAGGCAGAGGUCCGUAUCCAGGACAACGGGGACGGCACUUACACCAUCACCUACAUCCCCCUGAGUCCCGGAUGCUACACUGUCACCAUCCGCUACGGGGGGCAGGACGUACCCAGCUUCCCAGCCCGACUCACUGUGGAGCCCGCCGUGGACGCCAGCGCAGUCCGGGUGUUUGGCCCGGGGGUGGAGGGCAAAGGUGUGUUCCGCGAGGCGACCACAGAGUUCACGGUGGAUGCGCGCUCGCUGACGCAGACUGGAGGAGACCACAUCAAGACUGUGAUCAGCAACCCCUCCGGCAGCCUCACAGACGCCAGCCUCACAGACCGCCAAGACGGCACCUACACUGUGGAGUACACGCCCUACGAGGAGGGACCCCACAGUGUGGCAGUAGCAUAUGACGGUUCCCCGGUGCCCAAGUCUCCAUUCCGUGUGCCAGUGACGGAGGGCUGUGAUCCGGCGCGUGUGCGUGUGCAUGGCCCCGGCCUGCAGAGCGGCAUCACCAACAAGCCCAACAAGUUCACCGUGGAAACCCGAGGGGCAGGUACUGGGGGUCUGGGGCUGGCUGUGGAGGGGCCGUCAGAGGCUAAGAUGUCCUGCACUGACAACAAGGACGGAAGCUGCAGCGUGGAGUACGUCCCCUACGAGCCUGGAACCUACCACCUCAACAUCACCUACGGGGGCCAGCCCAUAGCAGGGAGUCCGUUUGCGGUGCCGGUCAGUGACACGGUGGACAGCAGCAAGGUGAGGUGUCAGGGCCCGGGGCUGGGCAGCAACGUGAGGGCCAACGUUCCUCAGGCGUUCAGCGUGGACGCCUCCAAGGCUGGCCAGGCCCCGCUGCAGGUCCGCGUGCAGGGGCCCAAAGGUGUGGUGGAGCCAGUGGAGAUGGUGGAUAAUGGAGACCAGACUCACACAGUGAACUACGUCCCCACCAGAGAGGGCCCCUACUCCAUCAACGUCCUGUACAACGAGGAGGAGGUCCCACGCAGUCCUUACAAGCUGAAGGUGCUGCCCACUCAUGAUGCCAGCAAGGUGCGCUGCAGUGGUCCUGGCCUGAACACCAGCGGUGUGCCCGCCUCCCUGCCUGUAGAGUUCACCAUCGACGCCAAGGAUGCUGGGGAGGGACUGCUAGCCGUGCAGAUCACUGACCCAGAGGGGAAGCCUAAGAAGGCCAGUAUCCGUGACAACCAGGAUGGGACGUACCUGGUGUCGUAUGUUCCAGACAUGACGGGCCGCUACACCAUCCUGAUCAAGUACGGAGGAGACGAGAUCCCCUACUCCCCCUACCGCAUCAGAGCCCUGCCCACUGGGGACGCCAGCAAGUGCUCCGUCACAGUCUCGAUCGGCGGUCACGGUCUGGGGGCCGGCGUGGGCCCCACCAUCCAGAUGGGGGAGCAGACGGUGAUCACUGUGGACGCUAAGGCUGCUGGGAAGGGCAAGGUGACGUGCAGCGUGAGCACACCCGAGGGGGCGGAGCUUGACGUGGACGUGGUGGAGAAUGCAGACGGGACGUUCGACAUCUUCUACACGGCGCCGCAGCCAGGGGAGUACUGCAUCUGCCUGCGCUUCGGAGGAGAACACAUCCCCAACUCCCCCUUCCAGGUCACGGCUGUGGAAGGUCCUCCCUCUGACCAGCUCCUACAGCAGAGACAGCUGCCUCAGUACUACACUCAACAACCCUGGGCGACAGACCGGCCAAUGGGGAUGAACGGUCUGGAUGUGGCAGGAUUGAGACCGUUUGACCUGGUCAUCCCCUUCACCAUCCAGAAGGGAGAGAUCACAGGCGACGUGCGCAUGCCGUCCGGUAAGGUGGCGAAGCCGGACAUCACGGACAACAAGGAUGGCACAGUGACGGUGAAGUACGCCCCCACUGAGCCGGGCCUGCACGAGAUGGACAUCAAGUACGACAGCAUCCACAUCCCAGGCAGCCCCCUCCAGUUCUUCGUGGACUACGUCAACAGUGGGAACGUGAGCGCGUACGGACCAGGCCUCAUACACGGGACAGUCAACAAACCUGCUGCCUUCACUGUCAACACCCAGGAUGCUGGGGAGGGAGGUCUGUCCCUGGCGAUCGAAGGCCCGUCGAAGGCUGACAUCAGCUGUGUAGACAACCAGGAUGGUACCUGCAGUGUGUCCUACCUGCCUGUACUGCCAGGAGACUACAGCAUCCUGGUCAGAUACAACGACAAGCACAUCCCUGGGAGCCCCUUCUCAGCCCGCAUCACCGGUGACGAGUCCAUGAGGAUGUCCCAGCUGAAGGUGGGCUCGGCUGCUGACAUCCCACUGGACAUCGGGGAGCUGGACCUGAGUCAGCUGACCGCCUCCCUGACCACACCCUCCGGACGGGAGGAGCCCUGCCUGCUGAAGAUGCUCCGCAACGGACACGUCGGCGUCUCGUUCGUUCCCAAGGAGACCGGGGAGCACCUGGUGAACAUCAAGAAGAACGGUCGCCACAUUCCAAGCAGCCCCAUCUCCGUGAUGAUCAGCCAAUCAGAGAUCGGGGACGCCAGCCGGGUGCGUGUGAGUGGCCAGGGCCUGAGCGAGGCCAGGACCUUCGAACCGGCCGAGUUCAUCAUCGAUACACGCGACGCAGGUUACGGGGGUCUGAGUCUGUCCAUCGAGGGACCCAGCAAGGUGGACAUCAACACUGAGGACCAGGAGGACGGAACCUGCAAGAUCACCUACUGCCCCACCGAGCCAGGACACUACAUCAUCAACAUCAAGUUCGCUGACCAGCACGUGCCAGGGAGUGCUUUCUCCGUCAAGGUGACCGGGGAGGGCAGGAUGAAGGAGAGCAUCACCAGGAGGAGGAAGGCUGCCUCGGUCGCCAACGUGGGGAGUCACUGUGACCUCAGCCUCAAGAUCCCAGAGAUCAGCUUAGCAGACAUGACGGCCCAGGUGACAAGUCCGUCGGGGCAGGUCCACAAGGCCGACAUCAUGGAGGGAGACAACAACACCUACUGCAUCCGCUUCGUUCCCACGGAGACAGGCGUGCACACCGUGUGUGUGAAGUACGCGGGCGUGCACGUGCCUGGGAGCCCCUUCCAGUUCACCGUGGGGCCGCUGGGAGAGGGAGGGGCCCACAAGGUCCGGGCUGGGGGGCCCGGCCUGGAGAGGGCUGAGGCUGCUGUGCCAGCUGAGUUCAGUAUCUGGACACGAGAGGCGGGUGCGGGGGGGCUGAGCAUCGCGGUGGAGGGACCCAGCAAGGCAGAGAUCGCCUUCGAGGACCGCAAGGACGGGUCCAGUGGAGUGUCCUACAUCGUCCAGGAGCCAGGAGACUACGAGGUAUCGAUCCGUUUCAACGAGGAGCACAUCCCAGACAGCCCCUUCCUGGUUCCCGUGGCAACGCCCUCCUCCGACGCCCGUCGCCUCACUGUUGCCAGUCUCCAGGAGUCGGGUCUGAAGGUGAACCAGCCGGCCUCGUUUGCCGUGAGUCUGAACGGAGCGAAGGGUGUGAUCGACGCCAAGGUGCACAGCCCCUCCGGAGCCCUGGAGGAGUGCGUCGUCACAGAGAUAGACCAAGAUAAGUAUGCGGUACGCUUCAUCCCCAGAGAGAACGGUCUGUAUCUUAUUGAUGUGAAGUUCAACAGCAGCCACAUCCCAGGCAGCCCCUUCAAGAUCCGUGUGGGGGAGAUGGGCCAGGCAGGAGACCCAGGCAUGGUGUCUGCAUACGGGCCUGGGCUGGAGGGGGGCACCACAGGCUCAGCGUGUGAGUUUGUGGUGAACACCAGCAGCGCGGGUCCCGGGGCCCUGGCGGUCACCAUCGACGGCCCCUCCAAGGUGAAGAUGGACUGUGUGGAGUGUCCCGAGGGCUACAGGAUCACCUACACCCCCAUGGCCCCUGGCAGCUACCUCAUCUCCAUCAAGUACGGAGGGUCCUACCACAUCGUAGGAAGCCCCUUCAAGGCCAAGAUCACUGGCUCUAAGCUGGUGUCCAGCCACAGCAUGCAUGAGACAUCCUCUGUGCUGGUGGAGCCGACCAGCCGCAGUUUCAGCAGCAGCCAGCAGGCGGCGCCCAGCCAGUCUGACGCCAGCAGGGUCACGGCCAAGGGCCUGGGGCUGAACAAGGCCUUCAUCGGGCAGAAGAACAACUUCAGUGUCGACUGCAGCAAAGCAGGUCGUAACAUGUUGCUGGUGGGGGUGGAUGGUCCGAAGCUCCCAUGCGAGGAGGUGCUGGUGAAGCACCUCGGGGGCCGUGUGUACAACGUGAGCUACCAGCUGAAGGAGAAGGGGGAGUACAUCCUGGUGGUCAAGUGGGGUGACGAGCACAUCCCUGGAAGCCCCUACCACAUCACUGUCUAGGCCAAUCACAGCAGCCCAAACCCCUUCCUGUGUCACUGUUUGACCAAUCAGAACAGCACAACACCUUCCUUUAUCACUGUUUAACCUAUCAGAAUAUCAUGAACCCCUUCCUGUAGCACUGUUUAACCAAUCAGCCCCCUAACCACCUUCUACAUGACUAAACAAAUGAUUUAACACUUCAAAAUCCCCUGCUCUAUUAUACUGUCAGAUAAGACUUCAAAACACUUGUCUCAUACCAACCCCAAAGAUGAAUGAUUAAACACUGAAUAUUCCUCUCCUCAUCCCUCCACCUUUCCCUGCAUCCCUCUGCCCUUCCCCAGUCAGAUCCAUCUGUACUGGGGACAGAUGCGCCUUUGUAUUACUGUAAGAUAAGAUGUCCUUUGUCAUUUUGCCUCUUUUUACCAUGUCGGUCGGGUGCUGUUCAGCUGUGGGUUACCACUAGCCUUGCCGGGGAGGAAGGAGAGCAGGCUAGCUGUUAGCUUAGCCAAAUGUAGCUUAGUAUAGGGUUUUAGGAAGAGAUUAGCGUAGCAUAGCACGGUGGUGUUUAGCCUCCAGCGCCUUUAGCUCGUGUCCGGUGUGUGUUUAAAAAUACUCUAACGGGCCGUGCUUCCGCUACACCGCUGACCCCGACACCGGGAGAGAGUUUAGUGUAGAGACGACAGUGGUUUGCACGCGACGAUGUAGCUCGUUAGUAACGAGUCCACAGGCCUUCAGUCGGAGUAAGCGCAGCCGCAGUAGAGCUGGUGUCGCUCCUAGCGCUUCUCUCUCACGCGUGAAAGUGGGCUUCUCCGCGUGUUCCAUGCGCGUGUUUUAAGCGUGUUAAUCUUCACUGCCAGCAGAAGGACAACCAGUCAUGCAGCUGCAUGCAAGAAGUUCCACUCUCAAUAUGAAUUAUUAUUAGAAUAAUAAACAUUCUACUUGUAUUAAAAAUUUAAAGAAAAUUAAAUUAAAAAAACUUUCGUGAAAGCUGUGGAUGAGGGAACUGUGGUUUGAUAAGUAUUUAGAGAACGACCAAAAAAAAGAACAGAGUUUGAGGUGUUUUCUGCUUGAUGUCCAGCUCUGCGCUCUCAGCUUUGUGUACUCGGCAUUUCAUUAAAAAGGCUUACUAUACGUUUUUGUAAGACUUGCAGUAUUUUGAUACACAAUAAAGUUGUCUUAAGUAUUUUUCUGUCAAUCCUA